AUGGUUGAAGUGGAAGCAACUCGGAAGGACGAUGCUGCGACCAUUGCGGAGUUCUUCUUCCGAAACGUCAUUUCCUGUUAUGGAUGUCCGUUGGAAUUGGUUAGCGACCGAGGUAGUUACUUUCUCAACCAUCUGAUCGAAGUGCUGACAGAAUAUUUUCAAAUUCGACACAGGAAGACCACACCCUACAACCUGAAGGCCAACGGUUUAACCAAAAAGUCCAACGGUCUUCUGUGUAAGAUCUUUAACAAAGUGACCGUUAACUACGCAUAUGACUGGGAUGCCAAACUAUCGGCUGCGCUCUGGGCGUACCGGACUGCGGAGAAGAUAACCACCCGCCGAACACCUUACUAUUUAACCUACGGGAUAAAUCCCAUUCUCCCAGUUGAGUUCGAAGUCCCUACCCAUCGUGUGCUGAGUGCAGAUCGCUUAUCAGUAGAAGAGAGUCAGGAAGUGAGGUUCUUACAGCUGAUACAGUUAGAAGAAAACAGAGACGAAGCGAGAGAUUUCACCCUGGACAUUCAGGAGAGAAGGAAGAAGAACCACGAUAACAAGAUACGGAAGAUAGAUUUGAAAGACGGAGAUUUAGUCCUUCUCUAUGACAGUAGACAUUUCAAAUUUCCAGGAGGUGGCAACAAAUUCGCGAAGAUCCCUUUCCGGAAGGGUAUUACCAAGACUAUCUUCAGGAUGGGGAGGGUACCUUCGACCCUCGCAAGAACGAAACCCUGGAAGGCGAACGAGCAGAAGAAGAUUCAGGAGAUAGUCGCUGCCAGAAGCUCUAUUCCGAAGGCAGCAGGACUUGCACAAUUUCUGAGUCUCGAAGUUGUAAAUGAUUGCAGGAACAUGUAA